UUGUGAUCUCAGAAGACAGAAAAAAUCAUGCCCGUGACUUUUCCAUCACGCUUUUCAUGCUCUGUAAUUCUAAAUACUUGUGUGGGGGCAACAGGUAGUUCAGCACCGAGUAAACUACCCACCUUCUUAUUCAUUUCUGUGCAAGGCAAAUACGUUAGCGUAUAUAUCUGGUGUCUCUGCAGGACUUCUAAAAUGGUACUUUGACAAAUGAUCUGUCGCAGUUAGCGGUGGGUCACUCACUCCGUAUAAAAGCUGAAACGCGGUUCAUAAAGAUAAAUGGUAAAAGAAAUCCCCGUAAAAGCCGCGUUAAAUCUGUAAUCAUGGAGGGCUUUGGUUUAAUUACGCCUCAGAAAGUUCCAGAGAGAAAAAUAAGAAUAAAUAGUAGCACAAAGUCAAAUCUGUUGCAGGCCAAGGGGAAUGCCCAAUAAAUAUGGCCAACCGUGUGGGGGGACCGUGGGAACACGUAAGCCGACGACUUGUUCGAAUUUUACCUGGUUUAAGUGGGGCAACCCUAGCCAAUGACCAUUCAAUGCAGGUAUGCUCACGUUCCAUCAAAUGCAAGCGGCCCCGGGUGUUCGUGUAGAUUUGAUGUAAAAAAACAGUGAGCGCACCGCAAGAGAUCUUCCUGUGCGCAGGCGUGAGUUGUCACCGCCCUUCUCUUGCGAAAUCUGUGGUAGGGCACUGUUUGGUCCGUGAAUUACAUGUUUUAAUUCAUUCAUUCACUUACUGCCUUCUUUCAAAUCAACUGUAAAAUACUUUUGAGACUCUAAUAUGAUGCGGCUCUAGGCUACGGAAUUUAAUGAUCCCUGAUUCAAAAAGCACACAAAUACCGGAUUUUGGAACAUACGCCUCCUCUAAUGGAUGAUCGAGUCGUGGGUACUGUGACAAAUUCGAUCACAGGGCUUAAAACGGAGUUGAAAAGACUCGUGGGUUUGGUUACCGAGGAAGACGACUGCAGACUUGAGGUUUUGGAUGAGAUCUCCAAAACUGUAAUGGCCAUUAAGGAGCUCAAAUUUAGUCUCGAUCCAGUGAAGACGGAUCCCAUGGCACGCUAUUUCCUUUGUCCCAUCUCCUCCGAUCUCAUGGCAGAUCCUGUGGUGUUGGCUUCAGGGCAGACAUAUGACCGGGCUUAUAUUCAGGAAUGGUUCGAUGCAGAUCAUGUAACAUGCCCCAAAACAGAGCAAGUGUUACAGAACACAGUCCUGACACCCAAUUAUGUGGUCCAAUCUAUGAUCCAAGAAUGGUGCUAUUCUAGGGGCUUAGAACCUCCUGCCAAAUCGACCAAUCGCACCAGCGAGAGCGACAUUACGCCACAGGAGGCUAAAUAUGUUAAUAUUUUGCUGCAGAAAUUGACAGGCCCUUGUCAAUUUAAGCAGAGAGAAGCUGCCCGGGAGCUUCGAGUACUCACCAGAAAAAAACCUAAUCACAGGGUUUAUUUGGGCAGAUCCAAGUCAAUAAGUGUAUUGAUCUCUCUGCUGGAGAGCCCUGACUCAGAAACCCAAGAGCACGCUGUGACUAUUUUGCUGAAUCUGUCAAUAUUUAAUGAGAACAAAGCUUUGAUUGCAGAGGAAGGAGGCAUUCAUCCCAUUGCAAAGGUACUGAAAAAUGGGGCGAGCAUGGCUGCCAGAGAGAACGCGGCUGCAACUCUUUUCAGCCUUUCUUCUGUGGAUGAAAACAAAGUCAAAAUUGGGUCUUCUACUGCAGCAAUCCCUGGUCUUGUGGAUCUUCUAAGGGAUGGAAAUUCUAGAGGCAAGAAAGACGCCGCAUCUGCUCUGUUCAAUCUAUGCAUCAAUGAAGCCAAUAAAAAACACUGUGUGAAAGCUGGAUUGGUACAACUUUUGCUAAAAUUCAUGAGGAUUAGCGAAGAACAGCGGGGGGGAAUGGGGGAUGAUGAAUUGUUGGCGAUUCUGGCCCUAAUUGCGAGCUGUGAGGAGGGUGCCAAGGCAAUUGGAGAGGGCGGCGGGAUUCCCAUAUGUGUGGGUGUUAUUGUAAAAGAAACUUCUCCUCGCAACAAAGAAAAUGCAGUUGGGAUAAUGGCAGAACUGUGCGCCAGGGAUUCCAGAUAUGUAAAGGAGGCAAAGAAUGCAGGGGGAUACAUGGAAUUGCUAGAUCUGAGUCUGAAUGGAACAUGUAAAGCCCGGCGGAAGGCCAACAAACUAUUAGAUCGCAUCAACAGACAACAUCGAUUGGCAACCAUCUAGAUAGAGGAGUAGAUUUAGAAAUGCACAUUGUUUAAUAGAUUGUACAGGCAUUCUUUUGUAAAAUAUGAUGCUCCAGAGCAGGUUCUUUUCUUGAGAAUAAUAUCCAGCAGCUCAAAACAAGUUGAGUUUUAAUAAAAGAGGGCAUAAGAAUGAAUGUGCAUGCAUGUUUGUCCCAGAUUUUGUAUGCAGAGCCACUUGAAAUUAUGUAUGCACAUUCUUCUUCAGAGGACAUUCCUCCCUUUUCUGAUGUAGUUGUCUGUAAAACCUAAUUUCAGAUAUGUUUGUCGUUACAGCA